UACGUAUCUUGAUAACCUUGACCUAAGCACUGUGAACCUGACCGCCGUUGGUGGCCUACCUGCACCACACAAGUUCGCUGCUUCUGCUUGGACCGACGCUGCCAUAAAGGCUGUUCUUGCUGCAGACGCAAAGCCUGAUGGAUCGUUCGGCAAACUGCAGGCUAGAUUUUCUUUCAUGCACUACUGAUUUUUUAGUCCACACUGGGAAGAUGUUUGCUGUCAUCUUUUGUUUGGUGUAAUUUCCCACUUCUGCUCAUCUUUUGUUUGGCAUGGCACACAUCCUUGUACAUAAGUGCCAUUUUUAUAUGAAUAAAUAUGGCAACUUCUUCCCACCUAGUUAUGCAUUUCAUUAGUUACAUUUGUCACUCCUAUGCGAUUUUCCAAAUGCUUAUCCACUUACAUUCUCACCCGCUGAUGCUAACUGCGUGUCGACAAAACAUGCAAACUUCCUCAUUACUUUACAAUUCAAACUGUACAUUUUACGCUGCUACACAUAUGGCAACUUCACACACACCUUUCAUGUCCACUUCGUCUAAACUAACGGCAACUACAUGUUAACGUUCAUGGCAACUUCACAUUCAAACUCGUCAAUCCUUUUAGCUUUUCCACAUGUUUGCUGGCCAUUUACAUUGCAUGGUUUGUGGCAGAACCCACGCAAACCACUUUUCCCUUUUUUUACUGCUCACAUUUUUUUGUAUUCAACGCUGACCCUUCAUUUUUCCUUUUUUUCUCUUGUUUAAAACUUGAAGCUAAUGGCGAAACAUUCUGUUGACUUCAGUUUCUUUAGAGGCCCACAUAAUUUCUCAAAAUGGAUGGACGUUCAUACUAGUGACGCAUGCUCGUCACAGGCAAGAACUAAUGUUGAAGCGUUGGUCGCAAAUUUUGCGUCUGGCAUGUCCAACCUCCUUGGCAACCCUGUGCAGGGGUGGACGGCUAUGAUGACCGGCGAUGGUGUUGAAGUUGCCAACCAGUUCCGCAAUUUUGUUACUGGUGGCACAUCCCGACCAAUUGGGUCGCGAGGCAGGUACAACUACAAUGACUCCCAAGAGUUGCCCGACAGCCAGGAGGAAUUUAUGAAUGAUGCAGUCGACUCCGAUCAAGACGAUUCUGUUCGCGUGAACGAUGGUGGUACCCGUGAUGUCCGCAUGGAUAAUGUCCAGUCUGACCCUGUUCUGCAGUCACGGAGAGUUGAUGAUGUCGCAUGUGUUGGAAAGGUCUCAGCACCUUCUUCGACCGGUGCACCUGAUACAAGCAAGGCUUUUGUUGGAGCGCCAAAGAGGGCUAGGGCUUCCGAGGAUGACGCUUGUGAUGUUUCUGGGAAACGCCCCAAGUUUGACCCAGUUGCUGCUCGGAGGAGUGAGGCGACUGCUGGUGACAGAGCGGCCAAGGAUGCAAAACUUGAGCAACCUGCCCGCUCACCUACGCACCUCGACAAAGGAACCUCCACGGGAGGUGUUUCAGUCCGUGAAAUAGCUCAAACAGCUACUCGGUCGUCACCCCGUUUUGCUUCUUCCAACACAGGAGAUCCAAUUGUUCUCGUGGACAGGAGGAAAAAGUGUCAAGCAAAGAAGGCUACUGCUGCGGCUAAAUCCAAGGUUUUUGCCCCUCCGUAUCGAGCGCGCACGCAGCUCCCCGUGUUUGAGAAUGCUGUGACUGAUAAGGCAUCUAACAUGGGUGCUGCUCCUACUAGCUCGGCUGCACCGGCUACCUUUGUGCCCUCUUCCGCUCCUGUUCUGUGCACCAACGGAGGUGCAAUUGCAAAAGGGUCUGAUGAACUAAUAUCACCCAGGACUGCCAAUGCGGUGCCUGCUUUGGUACCUCCUAGGGGCAGCAUUGAAGACGAGGCAAAUAAAUCUUCACACGUUGAUGCACCAGCAGUUCAACCGGUUCCUCACUCCAAUCCGUUAGGGGCAAACCUAUCUGCCAAAAGGUCUGACCGAGCUCACCCUUCUACUGAAGCCGGCACACCUGUUAUUCGAGUAGCUGUUGUGCAAAACACCGUGCCUGUUGUCACGCAUCAACCAGAUCAGGCAGGCCCUCGUGAUGCAUCCAUCGUCACAAAUGUUGUGCCGAAAACAACACCAAAUGUUGCCCCACGGAAAUUUGUGCAAACUGUUGUCUGUUCAAGGAAGAGUCCCUGGAAAAUUUCAGCUGGAGGAAUUGUGCAUGAGCAGCACGCGAAAGAUGAUGGUCCUAUGUAUGUAUCUGCUUCAACGUUGUUCCCACUUGUUGUACACAGCAACCCCGCUGAGACCGUUCAAACGAAGGGUAAUGCUGAUGCAAAUGUUCAGCAACCGAGUGCUUCUCGAGUGGCCAAAGUCAAACAUACACCAAGUUUGAAGCACACACGUGUCCCAUUGGACAUGGGUGUCCCUUACACACCAACAAUUGAGCAUCCUGGGAAAGGAUCGGGCAGUAAGGUUGUUAUCAACAUUGCUGACACCACGCCCUACUGUCCCGGGAGACCUAAAGCAGCUGGAGCAGAUGACACUGAAAUGUUCGUUGAUUUGUCUCCGUUGGCAGCAUCAGUUGAUGUCAUUGAUAAGCAGAAUGUUCCCACUUCAAGGCAUCCUCUAGCUUUCACGCCGCCAUCCUGCAGUCUUGGACUUGACCUAAGCCAACGCAAUGAGGCAGUUGACGCUGUUCCUGUCUCUUAUGCUUUCCCGGCAGCACCCGUCCCAAUGAUGGCACAACCCAAUGUCGGUGGCAAGAAAGCUGUGAAAUUUCCCGAGCCGAUUGUUGAAAGAUCCACUGAUGACAUAUCGUCACCCUUGCACGAAACAGACUUCAACAUGGAUGAGGAUGUUGAUAAGUGGAAAAAAAUCAGGCAGAAGUUACCUCCAGCUCUGGUGCAGCACAAGCCCUCCCUUUGAGGACGUGCACAAUAGUGCCACCCCAGGUUCCGUGCGGUAGGCUAGGGUCGUGCAGGCCCCUAAUGCUGAUGAUGUUGAUCCUCCAAUAAAGGCUACGAAGCAGCAGCAAGCAUUUUAUGACAUCAUAAGGCUUUUUGGCAAUGCGCGGAGCAGUGGCAAACACAUGGAUGCCAUCAAAGAGUAAUUACUUUUCACAAAUUUGUCUUUCUUCCAAAUUCUUAUCCAUGCACAUUUCAUUUUGGAAUCCAAUAACUCCUGAAAGUUCAUAGGGGAUGGCAACUUUGGUUCAUAGGGGAUGGCAACUUUAGUUCAUAUGGGAUGGCAACUUUCUCUUCUUUGUUUCUUUGUCCGAAAAUUGCCAUG